GAAGAAGGAAGAAGAAGCAGAAGCGACAUACAGGGAGAGGUGCGAAAUGGAGGGAGGAAGAUAGAUAUCUGACUUUAGAAGACAAUAGAGACUAAAAACUAUUGUUUAAAAAAAAUAAGAAGUAGAUUACCUCCCACAUCCGGGUGCAACUAUCAAACAUCAGAUGAAUUCAUCGCCUAACAGUAGUUUUCAAAACAGGCUUAGGCUAAAUCUUUUCGGGGAAAAAAAGCCACAAAGAAAUAGGCCUAGUCAUUCCAAAUAUAGCUAGCUUGGAUUAACUUGAGCAUCAUUUUUCUUUAAAAUAUGUAAAGGCAGCGUUGUGAUUAGGCUAUUUAAAAGCCAUUUCAUGACUAUGUGAAAAACAAGCGCACGAUGACGGGACGGUUAUAGGGUGUCAUUUCCAGUACAAGUGUUACUCCAUGUAGCACCUCUACUCGGGGGAAUAGCGUUGCUUAGAAACUACUACAGUGACUUGAGGGGCCCGAAGACCAGUGGAAGCAAAACAGCCCCAUAACGUCAAAGAUCCACCAUCAUAUUUUACAAUAGUAACGAGUGAUCAUGGAGAGCUUCUCUCCGCUGGUCCUGUCCAUCGCCGCCACCAGCUUUGUGACGUUCCAGUGUCUGUUCCACUUUGUCAGCCCCUGGAUCUCUGCUCAGUUCUUUCCUGGGUACCACCGUCUCAGUCCCAGACACACCAUAGAGUGGAACUCCAGAACUGUGUCUACAUUGCACGCCUUGAUAGUGGGGCUUUUUUGUCUCUACAUAUUACUUCAUGAUGAUGCAGUCAAUGAAGACCCUGUCUGGGGAGAUCCGUCACUGGUGAAAAUAAAUGUGGCCAUAACCUGUGGCUACCUCCUAUCAGAUAUGCUGCUCAUAUGUUACUAUUGGCGGGCGAUAGGGGACAAGUUUUUUGUAAUCCACCACCUGGCAGCACUGUAUGCUUACUACUAUGUACUGAGCAUAGGAAUGUUGCCUUAUUUUGCUAACUUCCGUCUGGUCGCAGAGCUUUCCACUCCUUGUGUGAAUCAGCGCUGGUUCUUUGAAGUGCUUGGUUACCCAAAAAGAUCAUUACCAAAUAUGGUCAACGGCAUUGCCAUGACAGCAUCCUUCUUCCUGGUGAGGAUAGCGGUCAUGCCACUGUACUACAGCCGGAUGUAUGCCGUGUACGGGACGGAACCCUUCUACCGGGUGACCUUUGGUGGCCGCUGUGCCUGGAUGGGCCCCAGUUUCUGUCUCGACAUUAUGAACGUGAUGUGGAUGCAUAAAAUGGCCCGUGGCUGCAUUGGUGUUUUGCGUUCUCCUGGAAAGGUGAAUGUGGAAAAGCUGCAGAAUGGGAAAGUGCACUGAGGCAUAGAAAAAGGCAAUGAUGGUGUUAUUUUAUUGCAUGUCUGCUUCAAAUGGUUCAUGGACAUUUUUGGAUCAAAUGGUUCAUGGACUGGAAAUGUCAUGAGAGUCCUUAUUAUCCCGUGACCAGCCCUAGGUAAAUUGCGUACCACUACACUUAUCUGCCCAGAAUACUUACAAUUAAACAAGAGCUAAAUUCCUCCACCAUGAUGGGAGGGGACAUCGUAAAAGCCAUUGGACUAUGUCUCCUCUUGGUCAUUACAGAUAGAGAGUAAGUGAAUGGACGUUGUGACAUCAUGGAUGGAAACAGACAGACAAAUACUCUUGUCUGCCGGACCCUUUGUUUCUAAAUUGUUUCUGUCCACCCAAAGGUGUCUUGUGCAUAUUGCCAAAAUGAUAUGAACUGACAUGGACGAGAAUGGAAAAAGAGCUCACAUAUUUUUGUCAUGUUUAUGAAGCUGUAAAGAUGGCUCUUGCACAUAUAUAAGAUAUAUAUAUAAUGAACAAAAAGAACAUAAUUACUUACAUAAUUACUAAUUAAAUCUGUGUUUUCACCAGCAUUAGAAUGUAAAAAAUGUAUAUUGUCAGACUCCUACUGAAGUCUCUGCUCAGGAGCCUGCUCAUGUUUGGAACAUACAGUAGGCCUAGGAAUUAUCAGUCAUGUGCAUAAAUUAUCAGGGUAGAUUAAGACAAACCAUAGCAAACAUGCCAGAUUGUGUCAUUUUAUCUCCAGAAGUGACCUUACUGAGUGAUUUAUGAUAACAGCCAUGAAAGUGCACUUAUGUCUAACGGACACACACACACAGAGUACAACUUCACACUAGCAACUUCGCAGAGUUAACAAACGAUUGAUCGUACUUCAUUAUUAACUGUUGAAACAGAGCUUCAUAAUGUAAUGUGAAAUCCCUGUUGGAUUUCUGGAUGAGAGUAUAAUGUUAUUUAUUGUGACAUUUACAGCCAUGGUAGUUUUAAUAUUUCAUUUUUUAAAACGCAUUUUAGUAAUGUACUCUUCUUUGAGUAAGUGAGUGAUUUAUGAACUAAAAUGUCCAUAGCUGCUUUAAAUAGUCUUCAGAAAGUUGUCAGCAGGCAACACGUGUUUGCUUGUGUCUGCUGUAGAGAUGUCCUGCUCUCAUGUGGAGACAAUGCGGGACUGCAAACAUUGUAUUUUCCAUUCUGUCAAGACUGAACGUACUCAAAGGGAGGGUAUAGUGGGCAAGGCACAUUGAGCAAUAUUCUUCAACAAAUUAAUGACGUUAACCUUGGUUUGGUGUAAUUUGGUCAUCACAUUGUUUUGUCUAUACUUAUGGCAACUUUGCCCACCAUUAUUACCUCUGUCUGUUGUAAAAAAAAAAAACAUGCUAUUAUGCAUGCGUGUAUUUUUUUAUUGAAUUUGAAUUACAUUAAAUACUUUGAUUCACUCACAAUCAUUUAAAAAAGUUA